AUGCAUUUGAUGUUAAGAUUAGCACAUAUUACACGAUGUUUGGAAUGUUUGACAAAUAACACUGACUGGCAACUAACAAAUCCAAAAGUCAGUGCACAUGACAAGGACUCUGGAGAUGGUCGACAAAAUUUGUCCUUUUACUUCCAAGAUGGAAGUUAUGACAAAGCAUACUUUGAUAUCAAUAAAGUUGAUGGAAGCAUAAAAGUCCUCCAACCACUUGAUAGAGAAAAACAUUCUGAAUAUAACCUUAUACUUAAGGUACAACAAGACAACAAUCCCUCAAGAAGUGCUACAGCUAGUCUUCUAAUUAAAGUGAAAGACAUUAAUGAUAAUCUUCCGUUUUUCGAAGAUGAUUAUGAAGAAGUGUAUAUCGAUGAGCAUGCAUCGUCUGGAACGUUUCUGUGUAAACUAUCUGCUACUGAUAACGAUUCGAAACCUUUUGACAAGACUGAAUAUCUGUUAAAAGAAUUAUCGGACAUAUUUUCUGUUGCGACUAAUGAAGAUGGUUAUGGGGAAAUCAGAGUCAACAGUUCUAAACAACUUGAUCGUGAAACACUUGGAGAUGUUAUCAAUGUUACAGUGACAGCGGUUGACGCAAAAAAUAGUAUUGAAGGUGGUAAUAUGAUAUUACAGAUACACAUAAUUGAUAUAAACGACAACAGUCCUAUAUUUACACAGCCAGAUGGAUACACUUUCUCUGGAAAGAGCACUGGAAUGAUUGGUCAGGUAAAUGCAACUGAUGACGACAUUAACCUUAAUGGUUUAGUUAUAUAUGAAAUACCAUUUCAUCACGGUAAUCUCAGAAUUGAUAAAAACACAGGAGUUGUAAACCUCACCGAUCCAAUCUCAGAUGAUAUAACAUUUCAUGCAGAGGCUUGUGAUAGUCCAGUCCAACAAAGCAGCAGGCGUUGCAAUCAAGUGCCUGUAACGAUAUUGGCAAAUUUGACAGAUACUUUGCAAAAAGAAUUCAAUGCAACCAUAUCCGAAAAUGUUAGGCCUAAAACUAUUGUUAAAUUUAUAGAUAUGGGAGAAAGAAAGACCUAUAAAAUGAUUGGAGAAAACUCGUCGUUUGAAGUAGGGGUCACAAGUGGAGUUGUUUCUACCUUGGCCAACAUAGACAGGGAAGAUGGGCAUGAUAACUACACAUUAAACAUCCAUGUUCUUACCAAUAGAAACUUUGUUUUUGCUAACAUAACGCUCACCAUUUAUGUUCUUGAUGUGAAUGACAAUCCACCUGUCUAUGACACUAUUGACAAUUUUUUCGAGCUACCCUACCCUCUUACUCCAGGGACCGAUAUUGGUUAUGUGACUGCAACUGACAAAGAUCAUGCUGAAAAUGGUGCCAUACAGUAUAUUAUCCCAGAAACCAUAACCUCGCGGUAUUUUACCAUAAACGAAACAACGGGGAAUAUAUCACUUUCGGAUGUAAUUCUUCCGCAUGGCAAAGAGUUCUUUCAGUUAAUAAUAAUUGCAAGAGAUAAGGGAAAUCCUCCCCUACAGUCUUCCUGUAAUGUUUAUAUAUCCAGAACUCUCAUAACCGAUCUUUUUGUCCGAAUCGAAGCACCAUUAGAAUCAACUGUUCUUAAGUCACAACAUUUGGAAUAUGAAAGGAAAUUGAGUGAACUCCUAUCGCUGAUGGUAAAAAUUGAAGAUGUUAAUCCUAAAGUGAUCACAGGGACCACUAGGAAAGAUGUAUCCCAACCAAGAUCAUUAUUGGAUAUUUCUGCAAGGAAUUUGACUGGAUCUAAAUUACUAAAUGAAGAACUACAAAGGAUUGUACUGCGGAACAUGGAAGGAAUACAACUGCUGUUCUUGCAAGAAAGCCCACCGACAGUAUCAGAGGAUUCCAAAUUCACAGCGUCACAGAUUGGACUGGUUGUAUUAGCUGCUAUUAUACUUGUUGGAGGCAUUCUUGCUACUAUCUUCAUUUUUAGGAAAAAGAAAAGAUCAUUGGAUGAAAAUUCAGUUUCAUCUCUUGACGAGGAAAAAACUCCCAUAAUCAAUGACGUAAAUGUAGUUAAAGAUACUGUUUCAAUGCAGUCAAUAGAAGUAACUGUUGACCUUGGGGAGGAACGGGAACGAACAUCAGACUACGACAGUUCUCAAAACAGUAAUGAACAAGCAAUUUCAGAAUCAAAUGCUUUAGGAACUAUUAAUCCAGCAUUUCAAAACGAUACCGAAACCCUCGACAUGCCUGAAAUAAACGCGAUUUCAACAACUGACGAGGCUGAACAACAGCUUAAUCAGUUAAAUGAAUUGUUGAACAUGGAAGAAAAUAAAGGAUCAAUACAAGACUAUCAAAUUGAAGAUACAGUAACAGAUAGCAAAGAUGUCAAGAACGGUGAUGAAGACAAUGCCCCACAUGUUUCAAAUGACACCGGGUCAGAUUUAUAUCCUCCAAAAGCAGAUUAUACCAAUAGCAAUAACACUAGAUCUGAAAAUGAGCAAAUGGAUGAAAAUCAAUAUCUUCCCGUCAAUGAAGAAAUUGAAGAUGCAUUGAAUGAAAGUUCAGACUUACCACAAGCUGACUAUGAAAACAUUGAAAAUGAAACACCUAUAGGAGGAAAUAAUGACCAAGUACUUGAUCAAGAAUCUGGCGAGUUUAUAAUGACUUCUGAUAAAGUUGAUGACCCAGACAUAGACUACAACACAUCAAAGGUCAAGCAUAGUGAUGAAAAUAGUGAUGAUGUGCACGACGAAGAACCAGACAUUGAUUACAAUGAGAAACAGGUGCGCUUUUCUACUGUUGUUUUGGACAGUGAAGAGAACAAAUUUGAGCCUUUGAAAACUGAUGUUGACGAUCAAAGUGACGUCUUAUCUAAUGAAAACGAAACUCCUGAAGAUUCCGUAGACGGAGAAGAUCAGACGACUGAAAAUGAAACAAUCAAUGAUCUAACGGAUAUAAGUGAAAAUGACAAGAGUUUACUUCUAUCCGAAGAAGAAACUACAGCUUUUUAAAGAAUGCUUUUAGAAAGUCCAUAGAUACUUUCGAGAGAAUGGUCAAUUACUGUUUUAA